AUGUCACGACCCUCCGUUCUACCCAGCGACUUUGAAUGGGGGUUCGCCACAGCCUCGUACCAGAUCGAAGGUGCCGUGCGAGAGGACGGCCGAGGGAAAUCCAUCUGGGACACCUUCUGCCACCUGGAACCAACCCGCACAAAGGGAGCCAAUGGAGACGUGGCGUGCGAUCACUAUCACCGCUACCAAGAGGACUUUGAUCUUCUCUCCAGAUACGGCGCAAGGGCCUACAGAUUCUCCAUAUCGUGGUCGCGCAUCAUCCCGCUCGGGGGCAGGGGCGACCCUGUAAACGAAGCCGGCAUCGCCUUUUACAACAGGCUCAUCGACUCGCUCAUCGGGAGAGGAAUCGCGCCCUGGGUGACCCUGUACCACUGGGACCUGCCCCAAGGGCUUGACGAUCGCUACGGCGGAUGGCUGGACGUUGAAGAAUCCCAGCUGGACUUUGAGCGAUACGCCAGACUCUGCUACCAACGCUUUGGCGACAGGGUGAAGAACUGGAUCACCCUGAACGAACCCUGGAUCCAGUCCGUUUUUGGAUAUUCCACCGGGGGUAACGCCCCUGGACGAAGCAGCACUAACAAGCAGUCCGUGGCCGGAAACAGCGCUACCGAGCCUUGGAUAGCGGGCAAGUCGCAGAUCAUGAGCCACGCCAGAGCCGUCGUCGCCUACAACAGAGACUUCAAAGCCAGCCAGGGCGGGCAGAUUGGCGUCUCCCUCAACGGCGACUUCUACGAGCCCUGGGACAGCUCAGACGACCGGGACAGGGAUGCCGCCGAACGACGCAUGGAGUUCCAAAUCGGCUGGUUUGCCAACCCCAUCUUCCUCAAAACCGACUACCCCAGCUGCAUGCGCGAGCAGCUGGGAGAGCGCCUGCCUGCCUUUACAGAAAGCGAAAUGGGCUUGCUGAAGGAGGCGGACACGGACUUUUACGGCAUGAACUACUACACCUCCCAGUUUGCCCGUCAUCGCUCCGGUCCCGCCGUCGACACCGACUACCUGGGCAACGUGGAUGAGCUCCAGCAGAACAAGCAGGGAGCCCAGGUCGGCGAGGAAAGCGGCCUCCACUGGCUGAGAUCUUGUCCCGACUUGUUCGCCAAGCACUUGACGCGAGCCUUCCGCUUGUACGGCAAACCCAUCUACGUCACGGAAAAUGGGUGCCCUUGCCCCGGCGAAGACCAGAUGUCGUGCGAUGAAGCCGUUGCUGACCUGUAUCGCAUUCGCUACUUCAGCUCUCACCUGGACUCGAUAUGCAAGUCGAUCGGACAGGAUGGUACGCUCGUAAAGGGCUACUUUGCUUGGGCACUCUUGGAUAACUUGGAAUGGUCUUAUGGCUAUGGGCCACGAUUCGGCGUCACCUUUACCGAUUACGAGACGCUGGAGCGAACACCAAAGCAAUCCGCCUUUUUGCUGAGCAAGAUGCUUCGUGAACGUCAAGGUAUUGCCGUUGCUGCGUAA